AUGGCCUCCCCUGAGCUGACCAAACAAAGGGUCAAUCCCCACACCACUGUUACUGCCUCCACUCCUACAGACUCGCCAUCCUUGUCUCCAGGCCUGCAGAACGCCAUGGAUACUGACGCUGUCCCUCACACUUUCUCGUCUAAGCCGGGUGCUUCCCGUCGCCAUGUGAGCUUUCCUGAAGGGCACGGCAAGACUCUAGCCCAACUUUACGAAUGGUUCAUGGCGCUGCUCAAACAACACCCAUCCUUGGAACCACUCAUAAGGGAAGGUAGGCACAGGCCGUACCUGAUGGUCAACUCUUGGUCGGCAGCAUACAACAUGUUGGUGAAGGAGGGCUUCCUCGGUCUCACCAUGACCCCAGUGGACCCCGAUGCCCGGCAGCAGAUGGUCAUCGUUCGUGGCGUGUCUACCACCAUCAAUGUUGACCUUGUCACGCCAGAGGCCUUCCUUUGGCUCAAGAGGAGUGUCGUCACAGGCCUGCAGAACGCCAUGGAUACUGACGCUGUCCCUCACACUUUCUCGUCUAAGCCGGGUGCUUCCCGUCGCCAUGUGAGCUUUCCUGAAGGGCACGGCAAGACUCUAGCCCAACUUUACGAAUGGUUCAUGGCGCUGCUCAAACAACACCCAUCCUUGGAACCACUCAUAAGGAAGGUAGGCACAGGCCGUACCUGA